AUGAGAAGAGAUAGCUUCUCUGUGAGUAUUGAGAGUCUUCCUGAUUCUUUUUCUCCAAUGCGUUCGAGGAAGAAAAAGAUCAGUAAGGUGUUCGAUAAAAUGUCUCAAUGGGUUACCCCUUGGAGAAGUAAGCCAGAGUUUCCAAGCGAGAGGAGGAUUUUCCGUGGAGAUGUCGAACAAGAAGAGUUUCAGUACGCAAGUAGUCACUGUUUGUCAUCUUACUACAGUGUCUUUGUUGUUCGCCUCGCGAUAAUGGUGAUGUUAGCAAUUCUGAUUGGGCUUUUAACCAUUCUAACAUGGCAUUUCACGAGGAUUUACACUAAGCAAUCGCUUCAGACCUUAGCAUAUGGACUUCGAUACGAGCUUCUUCAGCGUCCAAUCUUACGGAUGUGGAGCGUUUUAAACACCACAUCAGAGCUAACAACAGCUCAGGAAAUAUGA